UUCUUUGGGGGCCAGGCACCUCCACCUGCAUGGCUAGCUGCAUUGCGGAUGCCUUCUACAACGCGCGCUGCAACGGCAUCGUGGGCUGCGAUCCGGAGGAAGUGGUGGUGGACAGCGGCCAAAGGAAUAUCAUGAAGAUCACUUUGCCCACUGAGAUGGACGCCAUUUCCACGGAGCUCAAGCACACCAUCCAGGAACCGCCCGUGGCGUCGCUGCCCGCAGAGACGCCUCCCUCGACGCAGACUGCAGCGACAUCGGCGGAGAAGUGGGAGGCUCCGCACCGCAAGAGCCGCAAGAACCGCGAGAUGUCGCGCUGGGAGCGCUGGAUGAACCGUUCGGAGGUUUCUGUGAGCGAAGAUGGAAGUCAGAACGGGGACCAGGAGGUGUUGUGGCUCCAAGAUGAGUCUGAAGGGCUGCUCAGCACGGUGUGGUAUUUGAUCGAGGAGGUCUUGAUUCAACGGCCUCAGUUGGAGGCUGGAAAGCGAGUCACUGCACCUUGGCACCAAGGCGGAGUGCGGGGUGAGUAUAACAUUGAUCUAUAUAUAUAUAUAUAUAUCACGAAAGGUAGCGUCAGCUACCUGAGUUCUCCGUGCUUCAGCACAAGCUUAGGGGGUAUUGGGGGGCCAGCCCACGGAAUUCAUGGAAUUCUCGCCGUUAUGUAUUGGAUAUCAAUUAUAAGGGAAAAUGGUCAUGGGUUCAAUUCCCACGGGUGA